AUGGCCGAUCCGCAAUUCGCCAAGUAUCCCGACCUGUCGCUCGCCCAGGACAUCUUCAACCUCUCGAAUCAAUCAUGUGCCGAUACCGUGCGACAAACCUCGUUCAAGAGACUGCAGAAUGCCAUCUCCGAGCAUAAGAUGGCCCCUCUCUACCGCCAUCUCGCUCACCCUACCGAAGGUAUCUUGAACAACUCAGGCGAAGGUGUUCCGCAACAGCCAUCCACAAAUGGCGCCACCCGACCCGUCAUCACAUCCAACCUGCUUCCGGCGCGGAAUUUAUCGCAAAAGAUCAACUUCACCUGGGACGAGAAGCUAUAUGACACUUUAAAAGAGGAUAAUGGAAAGGAGCUCGAGUCGUAUCAGAGGGAGGAGGAGGAGGCCGCUGAAGCUGCCGGCGACACCGAGGUGCUCGCGGCUCAAGGCAAACGUGCAGAGUUCUGGGCUCGAGUGGGCGACAAGGACAAAGCUAUUCAAACCUACGAAGCCGUGUUGGAAAAGACGAGCAUCUUGGGCACAAAAAUCGACUUGGUCUUGGCCAUGAUUCGCGUUGGGUUGUUCUUUGGCGAUAAGGUGUUUGUGAAGAAUACAAUAGAACGUGCAAAUGCACUUGUCGAGAGCGGCGGCGACUGGGACCGCAGAAAUCGGCUCAAGGCCUACAAAGGUCUCCAUCUCCUCACCAUUCGUUCCUACAACCUAGCAGCGCCCCUCCUCCUCGAUAGUUUAUCCACUUUUACGAGCUACGAGCUAUGCAGCUAUUCCUCCCUCGUCAUCUACGCCGUUCUCGCGGGCUCCCUGUCCCUCAAGCGGGUCGACUUCAAGGCCAAGGUGGUCGAUGCUCCAGAAAUCAAGGCCAUACUCGGAGAGGGGGAAGAAAGGGUAUCAGCGCUGACCGGCGCUAUCUCUUCGGGGCCUGGUGCUGGGGACGAGGAAAUGAGUGACGUCUCUAGCACCACACCUGCGACAGCCUCCACAGCUGUCAACCUGACCACUUUGGGGGCUGGGUCUGGCGCCCAGGCAGAAUCGGAGCGGCCCAUUGAUUUCUCGGGGCUUGCCAAUCUUGUGAGCAGUUUGUACAGCGGCAACUACCGGUUGUUCUUUAUUGCGCUGGCCUCGGUGGAGGACAGCUUUCUCAGCCAGGAUCGCUAUCUGUUCGAGCACCGUGCCUGGUUUGUGCGUGAGAUGCGGCUACGGGGAUACCAACAGCUGCUGCAGAGCUACCGGGUUGUGGGCCUGGAGAGCAUGGCAAGCGCCUUUGGCGUCUCGGUGGAUUUCCUAGACAAGUAUGAAUCUCUGUCUGCUCUGGAUCUUGCCAAGUUUAUCGCCGCAGAGCGGAUAUCCUGCACGAUGGACAGCGUGAACGGAGUCAUCGAGACCAACCGGCCAGACGAUAAGAACAAGCAGUACGCCGACCUGGUGAAACAGGGCGACGCGUUGAUUACCAAGCUGCAGAAGUAUGGACAGGCCGUGAGACUACGAGGAAGCGAGCGGAGCUAG